CCCAGUGAUAUAUACACAGUUCACAUCAUAAUCAUCAUAUAUAUAUAUUUAUAUAUUUAUUUAAUUAAAUCAUCAGGAACAAGCCCCGCAGGUUUGAUCUGCCAUUGCAUUACAUAUUAUAUAUUUAUAUUUAUAUAAAUAUAUAUAGGUUUCAUUAAUCCAAGUACUAUAAUUAAUUAAACCCCCCAACACUUGUGCUUGUGUUCUCUUAUUAUUAGGACAGUACUGAUCAAGUGUGAUUGAGAGUACUACUGCAUCUAUUCUUAUCCAUAAUAUAAAUAUAUAUAUACUUAUAUAUAACACAACCCCCCAACACUACAACUUCCCCUCAUAUCAUCACAAAACUUUUUCAUUUAUUUUUUUCUUAGUGAUGGAUAUUGAAGCUGCAACAACAACAACAAUUUAUUCAAGGAGUAGUAAUAAUGAUCAUCAGGCCAUUUCUUCAUGUCAAAACACUACAAAGUUGGAGUUAUUAGAUCAUCAUGAUCAUAAAUUUUCUUUAGAUCUAAAUCUCACAUCUACUAAUAAUGAUGAUGAUGAUUAUGAUCAAGAGCUAAACCUAAUAGAUUCGUUGGCGGUGGCGGGUGGCGGGGCGGCCGGGGUGGCGGAGGAGAGAGUUGUGGUGGGGGAUCAACCUGGACGUGUGUUCUCAUGUAACUAUUGUCAAAGGAAAUUCUACAGCUCACAAGCUUUAGGAGGUCACCAAAAUGCUCACAAGAGAGAAAGAACUCUUGCCAAAAAAUCAGGACAACAACAAAGGGUAUUUCUUGGAAAUAAUAAUAAUAAUAACAAUUAUUAUUAUUACAAUGAUCAUCAUCAUCAUCAUCAUCAUCAUAAUCAACAUCCUUUCUUCAAUCGUAUGUCAUCUAUGGCUUCAUCUAUUCCUCUUAAUAAUAAUAAUAAUAAUGGAUUAUACACGAUGAGUAACAGAUCUCUUGGGAUUCAGGCUCAUUCAAUGAUUCACAAGCCCAAUAGUACUAGUAAUGGUAUGCAAUCGUAUUAUGGGCAUUUUGGUCAUUUCGAUCACCAUCACCAACCAGCAACAACUACAAAUGGAUUGUCAUCCAAGGGUAGUGCCGGUAGAUUUGAUCAUCAUCAUCAUCAUCAGAGACUACUUAUGAAUAAUAAUGGAUCAAGAUAUACUCUUCAAGAUCAUCAUCAUCAUCAGAAUAAUACUAAUAAUGAGGAGAUUAAAAAGCUUGAUUUGUCUCUCAAACUUUAAUUAAUUAUAUGUAUGUAUCAAUUACUAGUAGUGGUACUCUAUAAAUAUAUAUACAGUCUAUACAAAUUAAAUUGUUAUUAUUCCUUCAUCUUUGAUUAGGCUAUAAUUAAUUAUUUCCCAGUAUAGUCUUGUUAAGACUCUUCAAUUAAUUUGUUUUUUUUUCUU